UAGGCUAGUUCUCAAUCAGUUUACACAUUUUCUAAUUUAAAAAUUAUACUUUCCUUACUAUCUGCGUUAAUAUUAUUAAUUUAUUACAUUUACUAUGUUUAUGUGUGGUAAAUUCAGUCAUUUGAAAUGUUCAAAGUGAUAUUGUAUUGCAAGUUGAUGUUUUGUGAACCAAUUAAGUCCAAUUAGGCCCUGUUGUCUUUGUCAUUUUUAUUCUCAAACGAGUUUUCAAGAACGAGGGAUGAACUUUGUACUUAUACUUUAUUUACUGUCCGUAUCGCAGUGAUUUAUAUAACCAAAAGUGCAUUUAAAAAGUCAACCAUAGGCCUAAGUGAUUUUUUUACUACAGUAUCGUUUACAGCUUUUGCAGUUUUAAGUUAGGUUAGGGAGUGUGAUAUGCAAUUAGCUACAAUGUUAAACACAUACUGCUAAUAUAUUUGAUUUAGAAAGAUAUUGUUUGAACGUUUAGGCUAGGUGCGUCCGAAUAAUCAUUAAGAGUGUUUAUUUAUUAAAAAAGUCGAAACUUAACCUCCCAAAAAUGGAUGAAAUCACAGAUGUUGAAGAUACUGAAUCUUCUUUGAAACAGGAUAACUCGGGUCCUAUGAGAUUUUUUGCUCUUUUCCUCAUGUGCCUUCUUGGAUUUGGUUCUUAUUUCUGUUAUGACAAUCCUGGUGCAAUUCAGAAUAAGUUCACUGAAGAUAUGGGUCUCUCAACUGCAGAGUUUACACUUUUAUACUCUGUUUAUUCCUGGCCCAAUGUGGUUUUGUGUUUUGUCGGUGGGUUUUUAAUAGACAGAGUGUUUGGCGUAAGAUUGGGAACGGUACUCUACGCUUUCAUUGUUGUUAUUGGACAGCUUGUGUUCGCUUAUGGUGCCUACGCAAACUCGUUCGCCCUUAUGCUAGUCGGUAGAUUUAUAUUUGGUAUUGGAGGAGAGUCGUUGGCCGUGGCACAGAACAACUACGCCGUUGUCUGGUUCAUGGGCAAGGAGCUCAACACAGUGUUUGGCCUGCAGCUCAGUUUUGCUCGGGUCGGCAGCACAGUGAACCUGUGGGUGUUGAAGUACAUGUACGAAGCUGUACAACAGUACUUCCAUGGAUACCAGUGCCUGGGCAUCACCUUGUUUCUAGCUGCAGCUACCUGUGUGAUGUCGUUGCUUGGAGCUGUGAUACUCGGCAUGUUAAGGAACAGACGAGAGGAGAGUGCCAGAGACAAUGCCAGUACUGAUGUGGUCAGGAUAACUGAUGUGAAGGACUUCAACCUCACGUUCUGGCUGAUCACAGUCAUCUGUGUAGCGUACUACGUGGCGAUAUUCCCACUCAUUGCUCUUGGAACUGUGUUUUUCGAGCGCAAGUACGACAUGACUGAGGAUGAUGCCAGUCAUGCCAACAGCAUCCUCUACAUCACCUCAGCUGCGUUCUCCCCAGUCUCCGGCUACAUUGUGGACAAAACGGGCCGCAAUGUGUUCUGGGUCUCACUCUCUAUUUUCUGUACCAUACUGGCUCACGGGAUGCUGGCGUUCACGUUUGUCAACCCGUAUAUAGUUAUGGGCAUUAUAGGACUUGCGUACUCCAUGUUGGCUGGUAGUCUGUGGCCUUUAGUAGCAUACAUCAUACCACAGUACCAGCUGGGAACUGCCUACGGAGUUGCUCAAGCCAUUCAGAACCUUGGCCUGGGAGUCAUCACGUUGGUGACAGGCAUUAUAGUAGAUAGCGGAGGAUAUUUCAUGCUAGAGCUCUUCUUCCUGGCCUGGUUAGCCGUUGCCCUGGUGACUGGUAUAGUGAUUUGGUUGUACGACGCAAAGCAUUCGGGUAUACUCAACAUGUCCACCACUCAGCGAGAGGAGAUGGACAGAUUACGACAGGCUGCAGAGUUGGCUGAGAGAGAGAAGCUGUUGUCUGCAAACGCCUCGGACACCUCACAGGAUCUUCUUACUACGCAAUCAGACUUCCAGAUUCGCAACCGCUACCUCAGUCGCAUCGGAGCCAACCUUCCUUCACAUCUGGCUCCGUUCAAGGGUAUGGCCUACCGAACACUCAGAUGAGACAACGUAAACACAGAUGAGGACGAGAUUGCAGCUUUGUUGUUAAGAGAAUCGGACAGUGACGAAGACUUUGAACUUUACCGUUUUCAUAACUAAACUCGGACUCUAAGACUUUGGACGUUACCGUUUUCAUUAAACUAAACUCGGACAGUGUUUAAGUAACUUUACCGUUUUCAUAACUAAACUCGGACUGUGACUAAGACUUUGGACGUUACCGUUUUCAUUAAACUAAACUCGGACAGUGUUUAAGUAACUUUACCGUUUUUAUUGCAAAACUCGGUGUAAUAAUUAAGAUUUUGGACUUGACUGUUUUCAUUAAACUAAACUCGGACAAUGUUUAAUAAAGACUUUGAAAUUUACCGGUUUUCAUAACUAAACUCGCCAAGUUCUGUGAUACUGUACAAGUUUACAACCAAGCAACAAUAUUAGGCUUCAUUUGUGUUAGGAAUUCAUAGAUUAUAGAAGUGCUAUGUAUAUAACCAGCUGAAAUACCAGUUCAGUAUUUGCCAGUGAUUUUAUUUGUGACACCAUUGGAUAAAUAGGAGCUUUGCAUUUUAACGGGGGACCAGUUAUUUCAAUGUGUUUUAGUUAGCUGAUGGCUGUUUUUGUAAAUAUUUAGUUUCACAAUCUUCACCCAAAGAAAGGAUUGUUUUCAACGCAUU